UGGCGUUAACUGUCAAUGGUGCCCGUUUCCUCAGACCCCGCCUCCGCUGUGACGUCACAUGGCGGGGGAGGAGGGUGGGGGGCGCUCUCCAUGUUCUCUAAAAACGCAUUAAAUUCCGAUAGGCCAGCCGCGGCCACGUGACACCCGGCAACCAAUCACAGCCGGAUGCAAAGGGUCCACUCGCUCGAAAUGCUGGGGCUGUGAAAGCGAGCAGCGGUGACGCGACACCUCGAGCUGUGCUGUGUUGUCACCAGCUGUUGUCUGGAAGACGAGGGGGAAAAAGUGGAUGUGUCGACACGAGCGCGCACAUAUACAUAUACCCGCAGCGCUACUCGCAAUAGACCGAAGGACGGUACCGGAAGACUGAUGGAAACACCGGAGCCUCGCCAUUCUCUCGGUUCUCCCGGUGCUCGUAGUGACACGGCUGAAGGCAUCGGUGAGACUCAAACUGUGAUAACGGACUAGAGCCAACACGGUCCGAGUGAAGCCAUUUUUUCCCCUCUGCUUUCACAGUUCAAACUCUUUAAACUCUGGGACCGGUCAGCAGCGCCGCCACCGCCGCCGCCGCCAUGAACGUGGGCACGGCGCACAGCGAGGUGAACCCCAACACCCGGGUGAUGAACAGCAGGGGCAUGUGGCUGUCCUACAUCCUGGGCAUCGGCCUCCUGCAUGUCAUCCUGCUCAGCGUGCCCUUCGCCAGCGUCCCCGCGGUCUGGACCCUCACCAACCUCAUUCACAAUCUGUGCAUGUACCUGCUGCUGCACGCGGUCAAGGGGACGCCCUUCGAGACCCCGGACCAGGGCAAGGCUCGCCUCAUGACCUACUGGGAGCAGAUGGACUACGGCGUGCAGUUCACCGCGUCGCGCAAGUUCCUCACCAUCACGCCCAUCGUCCUCUACAUACUCACCAGCUUCUACACCAAAUACGACCAAGCCCACUUCGUGGUCAACACGGCGUCCCUGCUCACGGUCCUCAUCCCCAAGCUGCCCCAGCUGCACGGCGUGAGGAUCUUUGGGAUUAACAAGUACUGACAAGCCGGAAGAGAGAACCCCACCCCCACCCCCCAUCCUCCACGCCCACCCCCCGAUGCGACAGGUGUCGGAGGGGGAGGACAAUGUGGCCGCAACACAUCACGUGCCAUUUUCACCGAGGCUGUAAUCCCAAAGUCGUGUUGUGUGUGUGUGUGUGUGUAAUGACACACUCGCUGUAGUUAUUCAGCUGCUUCCUCUUUCUUGAGUUUUUUUUUGCUCAGAGGAGAGGAACACAACUUUAAAGACACGGAGAAGGCAGAUCUGCAAACUGCUGCAGAGCCCGAGACACGCAGAAGCCACAAGGCUCUAUAUUUAGCCGCUCUGCUCGAGGGGGGGGGGGGAGGCCGAGAUCGCAAAGUACAGCAGCUCUUUAUUUAUGUCUGACCAUUUCCAUGUUUGGACUCCCGUUGUUCUGGUGAGUAUCACAGGAAGCCGGCGGCCGUCUGGCCCGUGGGCACAAAGAAUGAGGAAAGAGCCCUCGGCGGAUUUCAACUAAAGUCCUGCGACACGAAGUUCACAGAAGUGUUUCUCAACCCUGUUGCGGCUGCAUCUCGGCUUUGAAUCUGGAGGCAAAUGACACACGAGUUACAAGCUUCUUAGGUACGUCUGGUGUCAUCUAACCCGACGUUGGAUCCUUGCAGUGAAUCCUGAAACGUUAAAAAAAAGGUAUUUUGUAAUGUUUUUGUUUUUUUUGACCUCGUUUACUUAAGCAAAUGUUUCCGAUUAUUGGAAACGCCUCAAAUGGAACUGCCAGGUUUUUCAAGAACAUCAAGUUCUUCCUCUUCACCCGGUCAAGAUUGGGGUUUUUUCUGAGCCAAGGAAGCUCCAGUUAUACUGAAGCUCUUGCUAAAGGGAUCAUGAGUCACAAAGAUGUGUAUUAUUAGAGUGUCUAAAUAUGUCACUGUUCGUAUAAAAAAGAAAAGAAAAAGGGAAUAUUUUUCAUUUGACUUCAAGUCUAAUGCGUAUUGGCUGAAGGGUCCAUGACCCACUUCACCAUGACAGUCCUCUUGACUCAAUAUGUCAAUAAUGAUAUUAAUCGGGACGUAUGAUGCUCAUUUUCAGAUUCAUACUUGUGUUUGGGAUUUCUACUAGAACAUGUUUACAAGCUUUAAUGUUCAGAAAACUCUUUUAUUUUUCUCACCACGUCCCUCUGAAUACCCCCCCCCCCCCCCAUCCUCUGGCUGAACGCGCCUGUCUCUUUAAGAGAAGAAGCCCACUCUGCCCUGAAGGGCCCGAUGUCCCCUUGAGACUGUAGGAAAACCUAAAUUACAUUUAUCAAUCAUGAGAAAAAGCUAUAAUUUGUGAAUACAUGUAUAAAAAAGACAUAAUACAUACAAGCGGAAUACAUUUAAAAUAAUAAUAUUUUUCAUAAGGGGCAAAAGACUGUCUUUUUCUGAUAUCAAACACGGUUCAGUGUUGUCGAAGUGGAAGAGGUUUUUGGGUACGGACAGUGUCACACACACAUUACACAGCGGUAGUAUUGGUUGCCAUAGUAACAUAUAUAUAUAUUCAUAUUAUCGACUGGUAGUAAUAGUAAAAGUGAUCUCAGUUUCAUCUUUUAGGUCAAUUAAAUGAUUGUGAUUCAUGCUGUUUCAUAUUAUCAUAUUUUAAUUACUGCUGACCCCCCCCCCCCCAAAAGUUGUUUAUUAUAGUUUUUCUUUGCAGAUUGUUGUUUAAUUUGCAUAAUUUGACCAAAAGACAACAACAAAACAUGUACCAAAGAAUUCUGGAUUUGUAAAUACGAGUUGAUCUUCACCACCAAGAGACGGCGUCUCCACGAAGACCUCAUGGAAUAUUUCACAGCACAAAGUGAUCAUGUGUGUGUGUGUUUUCUUUUUUACUGCACCGUCUACUUUUAUGAAAGAAGGUUGAAUUGAAUGUUGGUAAAAAUCAAACAGUGAAACAGUGACUUCUGUUGGCCGGAGUGCUGAUAGAGGGACGUGUGAUCUCCUGUAAGAGUGAUUCACCCAAAAUACAAUAUUUUUCAAGAA